AGAAAAUGUCCGAAGACGAUUCCUCUCCGAUAAGAAUGCCUGUACGAGUCAAAAAUAUAUUCGAGCUUGCGAUUCCCAUUCAAGAGCUUCCGCCGGAUCCAGAUGCAGUCGCAAUGUCGCCCGAUACAUUUCGUUUGAAAGAGAAAGAAAUGGACGAUUUGCUUAUGAAUGCAAAAUGCGAAGAUGGAACUUCCAUGGCAUCCGUGGCAAAAUACAUACCAUCAAAAGCCACACUGAAGCGAAUGGAAGAAGAGGCGGCUGCAGCGAAGAAAACAUUACUUGCUCGGAAAGCUGCAAAGAUAGCGGAGCUGGAAGCAAGAAUUGAACAAUUACGGCGAGACUCGUUCGAUGACACCAGUAUUGAUGAAACGACCGACCUUGAUCAGCUAACGAUUUCCCGCCCAACGGCUGUUUUUGCGGAAACUGGAAAUAUCUCACUAGAUGGCACAAGCCAGACGGUCCAAAGAGCAUCGAUGUCCUCGCCGGGUAGUGUCACAGUGGUUUCAUCUCCGACGAUUGGUGUUUUGGCGGCAGCCCCUACAGCGAUUGGUGCGUUGAUGGGAGCAUCUCCUGGCGUUGGAGCUUUGGUCGCUGCAGCUCUUAAUCCUGUUCAACAAAACCCUUCGGAGAAAGAGGAUCCUGAUGGUGGUUCUCUUAGUACUGACUUUCACGUUGUACACGACGAACUGAAACACGCUAUGGCAUUGGACAAAUCUAUCAAACGGCACUGCUAGCGACGCUAUUUGUAUAAAUAUUUCCUUCAUUUCAAUUUUUUUUCCAAUUUUCAGUAAUGCAAUUUUUUUAAAAAGAAUAAAACAAUAGUUCAAAGUGAAAA